UCGAAGCAGUCUAUUGCUGCACUUCAGUUGUCAUUUGCUUGAGGUCAUGGCUUCGGAAAAGGAGGCUGCUCUUGCUGCCGCUCCCUCUGAUUCUCCCACAAUAUUCGAUAAGAUCAUCAACAAGCAAAUUCCGGCCAACAUCGUCUAUGAGGAUGAACAGGUUCUGGCUUUCAGGGACAUAGCUCCACAAGCGCCUACUCACAUCCUCAUUAUCCCGAAACUGAGGGAUGGACUGGUCGGAAUAUCCGCGGCUGAGGAGAGGCACUGUGAGAUUCUUGGCCGUCUUCUAUACACAGCAAAGCUCGUGGCAAAAGGAAGGCCUUAAGGAUGGCUUCAGAAUUGUGAUUAACG